CAAAAACAAAAAAAAAAUAAUGAAAUAGGAAGAAUUUCACACACAAAAACAUAUUCACACUUUUAAAAAUUUCAUUCGGUUGCCGUUGCCGUUGUUUACUGUCAGUUCAGCAAAAAUUUUAUUCAGUUUAUUGGAAGUAAUAUCGUCGUGUGGUUUGUUGAAUUUUUUUUUGAAACCAAAGAGUAAAGAUCCAAAUUAUAUUUGUGUGUAUUUAUUAGUUAUUUUUAGUAUUUAUUUUUUUUUAAUAAGAGAAAAAAUACCGGAAUUAGAACAGUUAUUAUAUUCAACCGUUAUCAACUGACAACCGAAUUUUAUAUAUUAUUUAAUCUACACGUUAUUUUUUGUAUAACUGUGAGAAUAAGAAGAAGAAGAAGAAGAAAUAAAAAUAAAAAUAACAUAAAAGAAAAUAUUAUUUAAUGCAACAUACUUACAGAUGUACAAACAUAUUUCUUUGAAUUACAACAAGUCAGUUAAGCUUACCAAUUGUACAUAAAUGUAGUUAUUAUUCGUUUUAAUAUCAUCUACACAUCUACAUAUGUAUAAAUUUGUAUUUGAAGAAUUUUUAUUCAAUCUUCAAAAACAUUAAAGUACUGUACCGAAACUGAUUUCGCAGAAACAGUGUCCGUCCAUUCAAUAUAACAUUUUUUAAAAUAAAGUCAAGCUUUUUUUCAAAAAAGGAACAUAAGUAAAUUAUUCUUGUCCAUUCAGUUAACAAAAAGGCAUCAAAAUAAAGAGAAGCCUACCCGAGAGCGGCGAUUAUAGUGCACCAAAGAUUUUAAAAACAGCCGCCAAAAUUCAUUUCAAAAUGUUAAUGCCUGGUGCCACUGAGACAGACGCUGCGGCGUUAGCGUUAGCUGCAGCCCAGGCAAAUUCACAAGCCGUCCUGACAUCACCAACUGCAGCACAGUUAGCUGCUGCAGCAGCAGCUAAUCCUGCAUCAGCUCUGGCAUCAGCCGCUAAUCCUAUAGCAGCUGCUGCUGCUGCCGCAGCUGUACAACAAAAAGACACUACGUGGACAAAAUUAUUUGUUGGUGGUUUACCAUAUCAUACAACAGAUAAAAGUUUACGGGAACAUUUUGCUGUUUUUGGUGAAAUUGAAGAAGCUGUAGUGAUAACAGAUAGACAAACUAAUAAAAGUCGGGGCUAUGGAUUUGUAAUUAUGGGUGAUCGUGCUAGUGCAGAAAGAGCGUGUAAAGAUCCUAAUCCAAUUAUUGAUGGUAGAAAAGCAAAUGUUAAUUUAGCAAUAUUGGGUGCUAAACCUCGUGGUAAUAUUACGCCUGGUUUUCCUUUUGCUGCUGCUGCUGCCGCCGCUGGUUUACGCACUGGAUAUCCAGUUAUACCAAAUCAAUUUAGUGUGCCACCAUCUUACGUGUAUGGUUCACCAUAUUUAGCAGCUACUACAGCUACAGCUGCGGCUGCUGCUGCCGCUAAUCCAACUGCCGGUUUAGUCCCGAUACAAGCAGCAAGUCAAUUAAAUCAAUUUUAUGAAUAUCAAAAUGCUGUAGCUGCUGCUGCCGCUGCACCAUAUCCAGGACAAUAUGCGGGCUUUGAAGCAUAUCCUUAUGCUGGUGCUACAGCUGCUGCUGCAAAUCCUGGUUAUAUAACACCAUACGCCUAUGCUCUACCACAAAAUUCCGCUGCAGUUGCAGCGGGAGCAUUUCCUGGUGCAGCAGCCCUCAAUCUCUACCAACAAGCUGCUGCGAAUGCAUCCUUACAAGAGGCCAGACUGCAAUAAUAUCAUGAGACCAAAUUAAAUUAUUUUUAUUAUUUAAAAUAGUUUAUUUAUAUACAUAUAUAUUUUAAAUAUCAACAAUAUACAUACAUUAUUAUUAUAAUAUUACAUAAUUUUAAUUAAAAAACAAAAUGAAGUUUAGUUAUAUAGUUUAAAUAUGCACAUUAUACAUACAUAUAUACAUAAGUACAUUAUCACAAUAUUAUUUUAUUAGUACUUAUGUAAAUUCUACUCUUUUAAAUAAUUUUAUUUUAAAACCAAAAACAAAAUUAAUAUCUUGUAAUAAAAAAAAAAUCUUAAUAGUUUUUUUUUUAGAACUCAAUAGUCAAGAACUGAUAUAUUGAUGUACCAAAGAUGUUAUAUAUAUAUACAUAUAUUUUUAUAUUACAGAUAUUAUGUUAUACAAAAAAUAAGUUUUCUUUGGUUAAACUCCAACGUGUCCAAACAGAAAAUAUUGUUUUUUUUUUUUUUUAAUAUUUUAUAAUUUUCAAUUGAAAUAAUUUAUUUUAAUAAUUCAUUUUGUCAUGAAGCAAAUAAGCUGUAUAAACUUUGUACUUGCAAUCAUUAAAACAAUUUAUAAUAAAAAUAAUUUUGUAUUGGCACAAUAUCUUUAAUUCGGCGAUAGCUAUUAUGUCUCCGAAAAAAUGAAUAUAAAUUAUUAAGAAAUUAAUACAAAAAUGUAAAAUGAAUUAUAUUUUAAAUCAAUGUAAACUUCAUUAUUAUAUAAACCUAUAUUUUAUUUAAUAUUAUAAAAAAUUUAAUAAUAAAAAUUAAAUAUAUAUUUUUGAUAAAAGAAAAAAUAAAUAUAAAUGGCUCAAUCACAAAAAAAAAAAAUUUUUUUGAGUUAAAAACUGAAUAAAUUUUCAAAUUAAUAUUUUAAAUACACUAUCGGUGCGCUGUUAAUUUGUCAAACUAUUUAAUUUUAAUAAAAAUAAAAUUUAACAUUCAUUUUUAACAAAUUUAAAAUUUUUUUAAGAAUUUUUUCUUUAUCUACUCAAAUUUGACUAUAAUUAAAAUUAAAUUGAGCACACUCUUUUGUAAAUUUUAAUCACUUUUAAAUUUAAAUCAGCAAAUUG